GCCGCUAAUGCAUGGUAACUGCGCCGCACCAGGGAUGUCCAGCCCCCUCACUGGAUCUUGUACUUAUAAGACGGUGCUUCUCCUCUUCCUCUCUUGCUGCCUCUUGGGGUGUUUCUGAAGCGAUCGCAGUUACAGACGUUUUACCAUCACCACCAUGUCUCCGUCGCUUGAAGACCAAGCAAUGCAUCAACUGCAGUCGCAGCAAUCCAAACUGCUGGACAAAAUCGACGAGCUCCGCACCAUCGGAGUCGGCGGUCUCGUCGAACUCCCGCAAUUGAUUGUUUGUGGUAACCAGUCCAGUGGGAAGAGUUCGGUGCUCGAGGCGAUCUCGCGCGUCCGCUUCCCAGCCAAGAGUAGCGUCUGCACGCGGUUUGCGACCGAGGUGAUUCUUCGUCGCAGCCCACAGCCAAAGAUCCAGGUCUCGAUCGAACCGGGCGAGUCGAGAACCAACGAAGCAGACCGCCAAAAACUGCGGAACUUCGCACCCCAGGCAUUCUCCAGCUACGAGGACCUCCCGGAACUCAUUAAAGCAGCGAAGGAAUGUAUGGGCAUCAACGAGGAAGACGCGGUCAACUCUGGGUUUAGCGAUGACGUGUUGAAGGUCGCGAUCUCGGGUCCUGAUAAACCGGAAUUGACUCUGGUUGACCUGCCGGGGCUGUAUCUUGCCACGAGUCGUGAUCAGGGGCCAAAGGGGAUCCAGAUAGUCGAAGCCUUGACGGAGAAAUACAUGAAAAACACGCGCACCAUCAUCCUGGCAGUGAUCAGUGCGAAAACGGACUAUCAUUUGCAGAAAGUACUGGACAUGGCAGAGCGAUUUGACAGCAAACGCGAGCGGACGCUGGGUAUUAUCACGCAGCCGGACAUUCUGGAAGCUGACUCCGAAGAGGAAAGUAAUUACCUGCGCUUUCUGCGAAAUGAGAAAAUAGCCCUGCGACUCGGAUGGCAUGCGUUGCGGAACCGGUCCUUCAAAACAUGGAACAUCUCCGACGAUUCGCGAGAUGAGAGGGAACGGGCUUUCUUCGAGCAGGGCCGGUGGGCAUCACUUUCGCGCGAUUGCGUGGGAGUCGAGAGUCUUCGACGCCGGCUCAGCAGUGUUUUAUUGCAACACGUUCGUCGCAAUCUUCCCAGUCUGGUUGCUGAUAUCCAAGAGAAGAUUGCCGACCGGCAGAAGCGAAUGGCGAAGCUGGGACCUGCACGGUCGACGCUGCAGCAGCAACGUGGCUUUCUCUUAGGGAUCAGCAGCAGCUUUGAACGCAUUACCUGUCAGGCCCUGAAUGGAAUGUAUGCAGAUGAAUUCUUUGGUGAAUUCGGCGAUGAUGCGCAGGAUUCUCAGGACUUCCGCCGGCUCCGAGCCGUUAUCCGUGAGUUGAAUGAAUGCUUUGCCGACGCCAUGAACGUUCGUGGCUCUCGUCGGGUUGUGAGGGGAUUAUUGGACCCGAGAUAUGACUUAGAACAGGAGAAGCAAAAAAUGUACAUGGCAGACUGGUCGCCAGAAUACAUCACCCGGGAAGCGCUGGAGAAGGAAAUAGGCGACCAGGCCCGGAAGAACCGUGGCAUCGAGCUUCCAGGCAGUGCAAACCAGUUACUGGUAGGCAGCCUAUUCCGGGACCAAUCUAAACCGUGGGAGGACAUCGCUCGCGUACACUUACUGAAUACCUGGGAGUCCGUGAAGUACUUUGUUUGCCUCCUCAUCCGGCACCUCACGGAUGAAACGACAUACACACUCCUGGUGGGCACGGUUCUUGCACCCCAGCUGGAGCGAAUGAAGGAUGGUUUGCUAAGCAAGUUGGGAGAGCUCACGGCCUAUAUCAAGCGCGGACAUCCGUUGCCCGUUGGAAAAAGCUUUCUAUCUAAAAUUCAAUCCGCCCGAACGGCCCGUCAGAUUGAGACGUUGAGGAAGGGUCUGAGCCUUUCUCAUCCAUUAUUGGCACCCAAAAAUGGUUCGGAGUCAUUCAAUGUCAAUGAUCUAGAGAGGGCUGCGUCCGAGCUUCAAUCGUCCAGCGAUCAAUUCGCCGCAGCCGAGAUCAUCGACCAGAUGCAGGCAUACUAUGAUACGAGUAUUGUCACCUUCGUAGACAACGUUGCAACCCUUGCCAUCGAGAAUUGCCUUCUCAGUCCAGUGGAGCACAUCUUCACCAGCCAAACUGUCAAUAACAUGGACGACCAGCAGAUUCGCGAGCUUGCCGCAGAGUCAUCCCAUGUUCAGCAGGACCGACAACGACUGGAUCAAGAGCUAAAGAGAUUACAGGCAGGGCUGGACACUUUCAACAUCUUCAGCACCGAAAGCUCCGCAUUACAGCGACCGCCUAUAUUUGGGAAAUCAGCCUCAAAACAGCCGUCUGUGUUCGAAAACCUCAAUUCAAUUGCGCUACGCAAGAAGAGCGAACCGCAGUCCAAACGUAGAUAUCCCAGACCCAUGCCAUACGAUAGUCUGCGCUAACCUAUCGAGCAGCACACUUGGUUCCUGCAACGGCCAGUCCUUCUCCACCCGUGGUGUCAGGCGACAACAACAAUAGAAACAGUACGGCU